AUGGCAACCCAUUUCUCAUUGAUAUGCGGGAAAUCGGCUAGUCAGAUACACCACCCGGCCUCCCGUCCGUCAUCCACGCGACGCGGGAGUCUCAGUCGCGAGCUCGUGAUAUCACAACAUGGCUCGCUAUCAACGAAUCGUGAUAAGCUGUCUGCUAUGUUCAGACUGAGGCUCAACUGCUUCCCUGACGAUCUCUCGUACUUGACACUGGAAAGCUCGUGCUUCUCCUCAGCUAGCCUGACAGACUUGUUAGGUUAUCUCACUAAUCCUAAACUCGACGCUCUAGCCAAAGAUAUCUUCAUUGCGCUUGUGGCAUUACAAACCCGCAAACGGCGAGAACAAGAAGGCCUGAAGCCAGAGCGCCGAAUGGACUGGUCCAGACCACUUCUCUGCACGAGCCAUAUUCUGUCGUUAUUCAUACAUUUUACCUCUCCACGUUUGGCGCGGCUUUGGCCGAAUUAG